AUGUUGGCCAAGUUAUCGGGGCUGGUCCUACUGGGGUUACUGAGCUCUACUGUUACUGGAAAGGGCGCAUGCACUCUGGAUGACUUCAAUGCAACAGUUGGAGGACGCGUCCAGUAUCUCACUCCUUUCUCCUUGCCCUGCUUCUCCAGCUAUAAUGGGAAACCGGUGGCUCGCGACAAUGCUGCCUGCACUACCAUCCAGGUGAACUAUGCGGAUCCAUGGCUAAGAACGAAUUCUCCCAAUGGCUACAUGAACAACCAGGAUGAGAUGUGGGCGUCCGAUCCUAGUGAUCAGUGCCUCCUCGACAGCAGCAAUCCCAUGGAUCCUCUAGCGUUUGUGAAUGCCACCUGCCGACAGGGUAAUCUACCAUCUCAUUAUCUUGAAGUGCAGAGUGCAAGGGAUGUGAUUGGAGCUUUCAAGUUCUCCAACUGCUCCGGCAAAAAGCUCGUCAUCAAAAAUAGUGGCCAUGAUUACCUCACCCGCAGCAGUGGCCGUGACACGUUAUCCCUUUGGACGCGAAACCUGCGAUCUAUGCACUAUAACCCAGACUUCACUCCCUGCGGUUCCAAAAAUACCGCUCGCAGGUAUAAAGCUAUCACCGUCGGUGCCGGAGUCAACUUCGACGAGGCGUACGAGUUUGCACAUAAAAACAACGUAACUAUAAUCGGCGGCUAUUCAUCCACCGUCGGUGUCUCAGGUGGUUGGGUACAAAACGGCGGCCAUUCCAUCUUGAGCCCCGUGUACGGUCUCGGUGUUGACCGUGUCCUCGAGUUCAAGGUCGUUACCCCAGAUGGGGUGUACCGUACUGCCAACGAAUUCCAGAACCCCGACCUCUUCUGGGCCCUCCGCGGUGGUGGUGGCGGAACCUUUGGCGUAGUCCUCGAAAGCACUCACCAUGUGGAACCUACUAUCCGCUUUGUCGCUGCCAACAUCAAAUUCCCCAGCAACUCGACCAACAUGCUUCCAUUUAUGGAGAUCGUCGUUAACAACACCCUCAAAUGGGGACAGGAAGGAUGGGGUGGUCAUAUCACCGGUAACACCCUCGUCAAUAUCUCUCCUUUCCUCUCCAUCAAUCAAGCCAAGGCCUCUCUGGCAAGCGUAAUCACCUACGCCAAAGCAAACGGGGGCUCCGCCACCAUCGAAGAGUUCACUUCUUGGUACCCAUUUUACGAGAAAUAUGUCAAGACCAGCUCCGUCGCUGUCGGCGUCACUCGCUUUCCCGGAAGUCGACUGAUCCCCCGUUCCAUCUUCAAGACCCUUGAGGGCCGCACGAACCUCAUGAAUUACUUCUCAACUAUCCAAUCAUUGGGCCAGACUCCCUACAUCCCGGUCGUCGGGCCAGUGUUGUACAACUACACCGAAGGAUCGACCAGUGCUUCUCCCGCCUGGCGUGAGGCUAUCUGGGAGUUGGGGUCUGGCGCUUCCUGGGAGUGGAACGCUACCCUUCCCUCUCGGAGACAGAAAAUUGAGUCAAUUCAGAACAUGACGGCCGUUAUCGAGGGAAUUACCCCUGGCAGUGGUGCGUAUAGCAAUGAGGCCAACCCGUUCACGGCCAAUUGGGUCGAGGCGUGGUGGGGUGAUAACUAUGAGAAACUGGUGACAAUUAAGAACAGAUAUGACCCCAAAGAUUUAUUGAGUUGCUGGAAGUGUGUCGGCUGGAAUGAGUCGCAGAUUGCCGAUUCGUCCUUUGCCGCGCUUCUUUGA